AUGUUAGAGAUGCUGGGGUGUUUCCCGUUGGCUCUGACGCAGGCUCUCGCCUUCAUCAAGCAUAAUCGCACAACAGUUACCCACUACAAGCGGGUGCUUGAACAGGACAUUCGGUCGAGCUCCGAGCGGCUGCGAGACUUGGAAUUCCGUGAUAUACGGCGGUAUGGGGAUAUACCGGUCUCAGUCUUCCGCACUUGGGAGGUUUCCUUCGGAAAGUUACACCAAAGUGAACUGCCCGCGGCGAAGCUCCUGGCUGGCGUGAGCUUUUUUGACGCCGCAUUAGGUGUCCCCGAGACCCUCCUUUGGUCUGAAGGCUCCGACCUCCUAGCAUUUACAACGGCACUCGGCACACUUCUAUCUUUCUCUAUGGUUACCCUAGGCGCAAACGGCUCUGUUUUGAUGCAUCCCUUGGUGCAGCAAGCCGUACAUGGAUAUAUUACUCGUCAAGGUAGCAUCGAAGCAUAUCUGCUAGAAGGAUCAAGUCGUAUCGCCGUUGCACUCAUCUAUGGAUCCAGGAGCUACUGGGAGCAGCUUAACAAACUAGCUGCCCAUGUUAAAGAGGUUCUUAGCCAUAUUUCCAACACUGACUCUCUGCGUAAAGACGUUGCACUCAACCGGGCGACGUUACUACUUCACACAGCCCGUUUCCUGAAUUUCCGUUCUCAGAAUUCAACGGCCCUUGAGCAUGCCGAAGAGGCCUACGACAUUCGUUACAAAACACUGGGAGGUGCGGAUGUGGACACCAUCGAGAGCUUGGAAGCAAUCAGCUUCAUACUUGCUGCUCAACGCCACUAUAGAGCGGCGGAAAUGAAGCAGCGCGCUGUUGUGGAGGCGCGCCAUCUUACCUCUCCAGGCGACGUACUCACCGUAAGGAGCAAGUGGGCUUUGGCUGACAUUCUGAUCGUUUGUGGACAGCUGAAGGAAGCCAGUGAACUAUGCGAUACACUGAAAGGAGCUGUGGAAUGUGAAUGGAGAAGGACCAGAACCAUGUUUCACCUAGCCCAAGCUCUCAAAGGCAGCAACCGAGUCUUAGCAGCGGAGCAGAUGUAUCGGCAGAUCUUGGCGGAAUAUGAAGGUAACCCAGAAGUGGCUGAGUUGCUAGGCAAAGCACGAAUCGGGCUGAAUGUCUUGCUUGGCUCACGCGGUCACGAAUCUGAGGCGUACGAGGUGUAUUUCGAUAGGAUUCGAUGGAGCGUUACAGAAUUCGGGGAUAAUCACCCAUUAACCACCGAGAUUCGUUGUGAGCUUGCCCAGCUAUAUUAUCAACAGGGAAACUGGGAGGCUGCCGCCCAGCUGCAGGACCGCGCGUACCGGACGUAUGUGGAAGUGCUGGGUGAAACUCAUCCAACAACACUGGCUGCCCUUUCUGAUCUUGCUGAUAUGGAGCUCAAGCUGGGCCAUCCCACCCAGGCCGAGGAACUUCAUCGAAGGGCAUACCGCCAGCGGGCGACGGCUGAGGGCCCUCGAGAUCCGAACACCCUCACCAGCAUGCAAAAGCUCGCGGAGCUCCUCUUUAGCAUGGACCGUUACGAAGAGGCAUGCGAGUUGCUUAAAGAGGUGGUCAUAGGGAGGCGGCACGCGUUGGGACGGAAUUGCCCUGAGACUCUCCAGGCAAUCAAGGCUCUCAUCUUUGUCUUGAGCCAGCUCGGUAAUCUUGAGGAAGCAGAGGCUCUCUGCCUGGAAUACAUACAGCUCGUGCGGGAGGCUGUACCAACAGACGAUAUCGCGGCUGCAGACGCCAUGAGCCAGCUCGGCCCCAUAUUGGCUGCGCAGGGCCGACUCUCCGAGGCCGAGUCGUGUUAUCGGGACCUGCUGCAAUUAAACGCAAAUCGUGAUCCUAGCCUCGCGGUGCGUGUCUUUGCUACCCUAGGAAUCAUGCUGGCCGAGCAACAGCGGUUUAGCGAAGCGGUGGAGACAUACCGACAAGCGCUGGCGGUUGGGCAAGCCGUGCCGGGGAUGCAAGAUCUGCUGCAGUCGGUAUCUCGGUCCCUUCAGAAUGCGCAACGUCUGCAAGAAAAUCCCAACCGAUGGCACUUUUACCGCAGCGGACCCAAGAGCGCGGCCCAAGGGCUCGAGCCAGAUGACAGGUCGCGCUCGAACGAGUCAGGGAAUUUUCAAUCGACGACGAUGCGGGGUUUAGUAGCAAGAUUAAAGCGAAGGCGCCCGAAUUAA